UGCCCAAGAUAUAGUCUCACCACCUGCGACAGGCGACCUAGGUUCGCCUUCCCCUUUCCACCCAACAUGCCCACUCCGCGUUCGUUGCGCCGCCAGAACCCCAUUACUUUUGUGCUUGCCGGCAUCCUCUGCAUAGGAUUCUUCAUCUUCUUCUUCUCCAGCAACGAUGCCUCUCCCGCCUCCGCCGACAAGGGUACCGGCCACACUGCCUCGAGCGUCUUGUCUCCGCCCUCGCUGCCUUUCCGCAAGUCCAAGUCGAAUGCCCCCCCGUCCGCACCCCCGGUCGAACACUACUACAUGAACAAUGUCACUCAGUCGCGGGACCCCGUCGGAAACAAGGAGAAAGUGCUCAUUCUGACCCCGCUGGCCCGCUUCUACCAGGAAUACUGGGACAAUCUCGUCAAGAUCGACUACCCCCACGAGCUCAUCUCGCUCGGCUACAUAAUACCCAAGACCAAAGAGGGAAAUGCUGCUUUUGCCGCCCUGCAGGCUCAGGUCAAGAAGAUCCAGAGCGGUUCCAAGGCGAAGCGCUUUGCCAGUGUGACCAUCCUCCGCCAGGAUACCGAGAACCCCCUGCAAUCCCAGGUCGAGGCCGAAAGACACAAGAUGGAAAACCAAAAGUCCCGCCGCGCCGCCAUGGCCAAGGCACGCAACUCGCUACUCUUCACCACCCUUGGCCCUUCCACCUCGUGGGUGCUCUGGCUCGACGCCGACAUAGUCGAAUUCCCGCCCACGCUGAUCCAGGACCUCGCUGCCUACGACGCGCCCAUCAUUGCGCCCAACUGCUUCCAGCGCUACUACAACGACGAGAAAAAGACCAAGGACAUCCGCCCCUACGACUUCAACAACUGGAUCGAUAGCCCAGCUGCAAAAGAGCUGGCUGCCAAAAUGGGCAAGGACGACAUCUUGCUCGAGGGCUACGCCGAGAUGCCCACAUACCGCAGCUUGAUGGCCUACAUGUACGACCAGUCGGCGGAUCCGGGCACCAAAGUGAAGCUCGACGGUGUUGGAGGCGCCACCCUCCUGGUCAAAGGCGACGUGCACCGCGACGGGGCCAUGUUCCCCCCAUUUUCAUUCUACCACCUCAUUGAGACGGAAGGUUUCGCCAAAAUGGCACGCCGCUUGAAUUGGGACAGCUACGGUCUGCCCAACUAUCUUGUAUGGAUCCCUUUCACUAACAUCAUGUUCUCAUACUAGUAACAUGCUAAUGUACUUCACACUUAGGUAUAUCAUUAUAACGAGUAAUUUCUGGGGUUUGCCCAUAGACCUAGGACGAGGAAGAUCUCUCUCCCUCCUCCCUUGCCUGCCAUCCUACCUCACCUACGAUACAAAUUUCCCGGAUAUGUUUGGCGGUCAUUGGCUGGCGUUUGAUCCACUUAUUUGCGGGCGGGAUUGCUGGCGGAGGAAUACGUGAUUCACACGCAAACGAUGCGCUGAAAAACUGCCGGGAUCGUCCUAAACUCAAAACCGGCACAAACGGUUCAUGUACAGGAAAAAAAAAACCGUGCUCGAAGACCCCAAGAUGGAGUUUUAUGUGUGUUUUGGUCCUGCAUUAGGACUGAAUGGGAUGCUC